AUGUCUGCGGUGACAGAGCCUCCGGUCUUUGACCGUGAAACUUCUCUGGCUGCCAUUCCCCUCCUGGCUAUUGCCGCCUACAACUCCGUGGAGCUGUUCUACUGGAUAUUCAGCUUCUUCAGACGCUACAAUGGCUGCUAUUUCUGGAGCCUCUUAGUGACCGCAAUGGGGAUCAUCAUAUUCGUCACAGCUGUGGUGCUUUCGUUAGCGGACAUGGGGCCUUCAGCCUUGAUAAAAAUCGCCUAUAGUUUAGGGUUCCUCGUCAUGGUCACAGGCAGCGCUACGGUUCUCUACGCUCGUCUUCACCUUGUUACCAUGGACAAGACACCAGAACAUGUCCUGUGUUUUAUCAUCUUUACCACCUGUACCCUACACCUCCCUCUAACUAUUCUAUACCUCGUUAGGGCGUUUAUCGAAUUUACCACAAGACCCGCCUUGGAGUCAUUCUCCCGCAAAUAUGAGCACUUUGUUAUAGCCUGUUCGUGUGCGCGCGAAUUGGUCCUAUCAGGCAUCUAUCUUUGGGUAGCAUUCCGAAACCUCAAGCCUAUUCUGGAUGCCAAAGGCCAGGAGGGCUGCCGAGUGAAAAGCGAAUUAAUAGUCAUGAAUGCUUUUGUGCUCGCCUCGACUGUCUGCCUUGUGGUCCUGGAUCAUACCGAUCAUGAUGCAAUCAAACAUGGCUACGGCUCCAUGGCGACAAGUAUUAAGCUGAAGAUGGAAUUUGCCAUUCUGAAUAAAUUGUUCAGAGCCCGCUGCAUCUCAACCAUAUCUCAACGCUGCACCACUCCACCGACGACUAUCCCUUUCGAAUCAAUGACCUGGAACACCCUGCCGAUACCGAUCAAUGCCUACGAUCUACCAACGACAAAUCUUCUGGUCACUUUGCCACUGUUGUCAGGCCUAUCUCGUGCCCUCCUCAUGCGCUCUCUAGUGACCGUCUUCUUUACAGCAGUCCAGGACAUAGUAACACUGAGGCGAGUUCGAGCCGAGGCAGAAGGCGAUCCCCUUGGAGAAGAAGCCGAUAACCUCCCUUAUGUCCUCUCUGGUCGCUACCGGCGGGCUCGACACGGACAAUUCAAACUGGCAUAUAUUAUCUAUAAUGAACUGAAGUACCUUCCCGGGCUGUGCCCAGUACAUAGUUACGCUCCAUGCCGUGUUAUGCUAUAG